CUAAUGAGAGAGAAAGAAUCAGAUAGGAAUAGGAACAGGAGUAAGAGAAGGGGAUGGAUUGGGGAAGCGUAACAACAGAAGAUCUAAUAGAAGCGCUGAGGGAAGUGGAGUGGUCGUCUGGUCCGCGUCCUUUGAGUGAAUUCUUUUCAAGGUUUUCAAUCCCCAGUACUCUUCCUAAAUGGAACAGCCGUCUUAAGUGUAAUCUUUACUACUACCGGACUAAUUACUUCAUCAUGAUUGUCUUCAUUCUUGGAUUGGGGUUUAUUAGGAGGCCACUUGCUAUCUUUGGUGCCACGUUUACAGCUCUCACUAUAGCUCUCUUGAAUGACAGUGAAAAGGUAACGAGAACUGUGAGACGGUUUUCUCCACAUUUAGCAGCGAAAUUGAGACCCCCACUAACGCCUAUUAUUCGUGGACGCCCUUCGUCUAAGAGAGCAAUUUAUAUAUGUGGACGACCUCCUUGGGUGUUUGUUACAUUAUUCUCUACCGCGAGUUUCUUCCUCUGGUUUUUUUCUUGUGGGCUCUUGACUUUGUUAUGGGCAUUUACUAUUGGACUUCUUGCUACAGGGUUGCAUGCCAGUUUCCGAACACCUAAUUUGAAAGCUCGUUUGAAUACAUUCCGUGAGGAGUUCCGAGCAGUUUGGCGCAAUUAUAGUUACUUUUAGGUUUUUAGACUUAUGUGUUUGACUUUACACCUUGAAUCCUUGAUGAUAUACUUAUGUUUUAGUAUUAGGCUAGGGGGAGGGCUUCACCACCCGGCCCCUCCCCUCCCAGGAUUUUCACUCAAUGCAAGGAGCACUUCCCCGCC